AUGAAAUCAAUUCUCCCACAAAUCUUUUCUCUUUGCACCGCUGCACUCGCUGCUCUUGCCAAGACCAACCCCACACAGCAAGAAUUACUCGUCGGCGUGGAUAUUAUGGCUCAACAAGACAACAAAGUCCGCGGCCACAACAAUGCCAUCUAUGACACCGUGCCUAAGGAUGACCAGAUAUUCAGAAUCCAGUUCCUAGAGAUUGCCCCAACACCUAUUAUCGCCGACCGUGUCUUCUUCGUCUACCUACGCGGUUAUCUACCUGAAUCUAAAAAGAAGGAGCUGGCACUUCCUGAUGAGGGCCUCAUUAAUGCGACCCUCAAAGGCCAUUAA